CACUGUACAGUCUCACCCAGGCUGAUCUGUCAGUUUCUCUCUACAUUCUGCCUGACAGAGAAACAGAAAGGCAGACACAUGCACACACACACACACACACACACACACUGAUCAACUCUCAACACAUCAGAACGGAACAAGGAAAAAGAGAAGAUACGGGGAUUUGUAUUUGUAAGACACCUGCAGUCUUUAAGGAAAUGCCUGUCUGAGUCAGCUCCCGGUGAUAUCUCUCUCUGUUGUGGAUUUCCUGCUUACCUACUUUCUAACUGAACAAACUUCUUGUGGAUCAGGAUGGCGGACUCUGUUUGAACAUUUUAAUUCAACUCUAGCUCUACUGGAAGUGCCUCAGGCUGAUUGAAGUUUCAGAUUUGGUGCUGUAUUUUCAAGUCAAAUCUGUGUCUGUGGAGUUGAAGCUUCAUCAGAUUUUUAUUCCCUUUUCGAAACAUAUUUUUUACUUAUUUAUUUCUUUGGAUUACACAAAACAUCUAAAAUAUAUAAUGUUCAACGAACUGCUGCUACACACACUGCUGAGGCUCAACAUGGCAUCUCCUUGCAUCACAUAGAAGAAGAUAAAAAAGUCAAUCCUUCUGCUGAGGUCCCCGCUGUAACCAUGGCGUCCCGGCAGAAGCAGCCCCAGGGGCGUAACCUGUCCUCUCUGUUUUCUUGUUGCUUCAAAGGAAGUGAACAACCAGAGAUCACCUACUGCCAUGAUAACCUCAACACUGUGGCUAUGGAGCCCACCCUGCCCAUGCCCCCCCCUCAAGAGCUGGACUCUAUGUUCACUGAGCUGGUGGAUGAGCUUGGCCUCACAGAGGAGCACAGAGCUGCCAUGUUUUCUUUGCCAGCAGAGAAAAAAUGGCAGAUCUACUGUAGUAAAAGAAUGGAGGCAGAGGUGAAUAAGGGAGCAACCAGAUGGCCAGAGUAUUAUAUUGACCAGCUCCGGGUCAUGGCUGCUAGGAAGACUCUGCUGUCACUGGAGGAUGACGAAGAGCAGGGAAGACAUUAUAUCGUGGAUGAUCUAAAGACAGCGCUUAGAACACAGCCAAUGAGUUUUGUGACACGAUUCAUUGAGAUGGACGGCCUGUCUUGUAUCCUGAAUUUCCUCAAGUCAAUGGACUACGAGACCACCAACUCUCAGGUCCACACCUCACUGAUUGGCUGCAUCAAAGCUCUGAUGAACAACUCUCAGGGCAGAGCUCAUGUCCUGGGUCACUGUGAGAGCAUUAAUAUCAUCGCACAGAGUCUCACCACUGAAAGCAUCAAAACCAAGGUUGCAGUGUUAGAGAUCCUUGGUGCAGUAUGUUUGGUGCCAGGAGGCCAUAAGAAAGUACUAGAAGCCAUGCUGCACUACCAGAAAUAUGCCUCAGAGAGAACACGCUUUCAGACCCUGGUGACAGACUUGGAUAGAUCCACAGGCCGCUACAGAGAUGAAGUUAAUCUGAAGACUGCCAUUAUGUCCUUCAUCAAUGCUGUGCUCAGCCAGGGAGCAGGAGAGACCAGUCUGGAGUUCCGUAUCCAUUUACGCUAUGAGUUUCUGAUGUUGGGCAUUCAGCCGGUCAUCGACAAGCUACGCUCCCAUGACAACGCCACUCUAAACAGACAUCUGGACUUCUUUGAGAUGCUGAGGAAUGAAGAUGAACUCCUGAUGUCCAAACAGUUUGAUGCUGUCCAUAUAGAAACUAAAAGUGCCAGCCAGAUGUUUGAGCUGAUCAGGAAGAAUCUGAACCAUACUGAAGCUUACCCUCACCUCCUGUCUGCACUGCAGCACUGCCUCAUGAUGCCAUAUAAGCAGAACAGUACCACUCUUCAGUACUGGGUGUUGUUGGAUCGGAUAGUUCAGCAGCUGGUUCUGCAGACGGACAAAGGUGAAAACCCUGAUGUUGCUCCACUGGAGGACUUCAACGUGAAAAAUAUCGUGCGCAUGCUUGUCAAGGAGAGUGAGGUCAAACAAUGGAAAGAACAAGCUGAUAAAAUGAGAAAAGAGCAUCACAACUUACAGCAGCGGUUUGAAAAGAAAGAGAGGGAGUGUGAGGCCAAGAACAAGGAGAAGGAAGACAUGAUGGCCAUGCUGAACAAAAUGAAAGACAAACUGGAGCGAGAGAGCAACGAGAACAAGCAAGCUAAACAACAAGUGGCAGAACUUUCUGCUCAGCUGCAGCAGCUCAGCUCCGCUUCCAUUGUUCCAGGAGGACCUCCUGUGACUUCUGGUGGUUUGGUUACCCCUGGUCCUGUUCCGUCCGUCCCUGUUCCUCCUCCUCCUCCACCACCGCCUCCGCCUCCUCCAGGGGGCCCACCAGCUUUUGGUAUGGUUCCAUUUGCCCCACCUCCUCCACCAGGAGCUCCACUAAGCACUGCCCCGAAGAAGAAUAUUCCUCGGCCAGCUAACCCACUCAAGUCCUUCAACUGGAGCAAACUGCCUGAGAACAAGAUAGAAGGAACCAUAUGGAAAGAGAUCGACGAUCUCAAGGUGUUUAAAGUUCUGGAUCUGGAGGAGUUCCAGAAGACCUUCUCAGCUUACCAGAAACCACAAAAGGAUGCUGAGGAUGACCAUACUGUGGUUAAGAAAGUCAAGGAGCUGUCAGUGAUCGACGGUCGCCGAGCACAGAACUGUAACAUUCUGCUCUCACGACUGAAGCUGACCAAUGAAGAGAUCCGCCAUGCCAUCCUGACCAUGGACGAACAGGAAGACUUACCUAAAGACAUGCUGGAGCAGCUCCUGAAGUUUGUUCCUGAGAAGAGUGACAUCGAGCUUUUAGAGGAACACAAGCAUGAGCUGGACCGUAUGGCCAAAGCAGACCGCUUCCUUUAUGACAUGAGCAGCAUCAAUCACUACCAACAGAGACUCCAGUCUCUCUACUUCAAGAAGAAGUUUGCAGAAAGAGUGGCUGAGGUCAAACCUAAAAUCAAAGCUCUGAGUCUUGCGUCCAAGGAGGUGGUACAGAGCGGGUCCCUGUGUCAGCUCCUGGAGGUGGUUCUGGCCUUUGGAAACUACAUGAAUAAAGGACAACGAGGAAAUGCCUGGGGAUUCAAAGUGUCCAGUCUCAACAAGAUAGCUGACACCAAGUCAAGCAUUGACAAAAAUGUCUCUCUGCUCCACUACAUGAUCACUGUACUGGAAAAGAAGUACCCAAAGGUGGCAGAUUUUGGUGAAGAGCUACAAAAUGUGCCAGAAGCUGCCAAAGUCAGUAUGACAGAGUUGGAGAAGGACAUUGGCAGCCUGAGAUCUGGCCUUAAAAGUGUUGAGGCGGAACUGAAGUACCAAAAGGACCAAACCUCUAAGAGUCCUGCAGAUAAGUUUGUCCCUGUGGUCAGUCAGUUUAUCACUGUGGCCUCCUUCAGCUUCUCUGAGGUCGAGGAAUCACUCAGUGAGGCCAAAGAAGUGUUGGUAAAGGCACUGAGGCAUUUUGGAGAAGAUCCGUCCAAGCUGCAGCCGGAUACGUUUUUUGGGAUCUUCGACACUUUCCUCACAGCUUUCACAGAGGCCAGACAGGAGAACGAGAACAUCGCCAGACGCAAGGAGGAAGAGGAGAGACGGGCACUCAUGGAGGCACAGCUGAAGAGAGACAGGGAGGAGAAGGCAAGGAAAUCCAAAGCAAAUGAAGAAGAGGGUGGUGAGUUUGAUGACCUGGUGUCUGCUCUGCGCUCUGGAGAGGUGUUUGAUAAGGAUCUGUCCAAGAUGAACCGGAGAAAACAGAGAAGACAUGACCAGUUCGACAGCAGCCGGGAGAGGCCAGUAACAAAACUAAACGAGUAACUGUUAAAGCCCUGCUUGAAACACCUGAAUACCUCGGUAACACUGUGGAAGGCAUGGACUUAUUAUUUUCAUUUAAAUCCACAUUUGUAUUCAUGGGUCAUGGUUGUAUAUAGGGUACAUAUAGAUAUAUAUAUGUAUAUACAGUAUGUGGAAACAGUGCAACCAUUUUUGUACUUUGUUUAAGCCAUGCUUAGUUUAACUACCUGUAAAUGUUUAUAGGAGGCUACUGCCAGCUGUCAGUUAGCUAGCAUCCUACCAGCACCUCUAAAACUCAGUAGUCAACACGUUAUAUCCCGCUUGGAUAAUCUGUACAAAAAAAAAACAAAAUCUAAAAAAUUGGUUUUAUAGGGUUUAUGUGUAAGACUAUAACUUGAUGGAAUGCAGUGGCUUCCUGGAGUCUCUGGUUGGUCGCGUGGCAAUGUCACGGUAAUGACAAGACAACUAUUAAAGAAGGAGGGGUUAUUACAUCAUGGCGACAGCAUUUGAAUUUUUCAUUCAUAGUAUACACUGCUUACAGUUACAUUUAUUUUGUAAUUUAAUUACAUGUAACUAGUUACACGUAAGUAGUAACUCGCAAAUACUAUCUCUAACAUUACAUCAUGAUACAUGACCAAAUGGGGCAGGUCAAAUCAAUUAUCACUCGGUACGUUUACAUGACAUCAGACAAAAAUCAAUUUAUUGUGUUAGUCCGACUAAAACCGGACUUUUAAAAUACAUAUACACAUUUUAGUACUACUGAAAUCGUAGUAAAUUGAAUCUCUCAAAGUCAGACUAACACACAGAGAUAAUGUGACUGGGAGUUGAAUUACUCCUGCAUGUAUACAGUUAGUCGGUCCCAAACUGGCCUAGGUGCUCUGCGCAUGCUCCACAGUUGCCACUCUGGGCUUUGACCUGGAGGUCGAUUAGCAGUAAAUGCUCAAUAGAAGCAGAACACAGUAACAACAUGUUGAGAUCUAUACAGAGCCAUGCACAUUAGGAUGGAUGAACUACAGCUCAAGAGCUGUAUAUUUGUCCACCAUGGUACCAGUUUGCUGCUAGCUAGCCGUAGCUAACUAGUUUGAUUGUUUGGUCUGUGACGUAAUAGGUCGACUGGAGAAAGGUCCAGUACUAACAAGCUGAAAGGGGGCAUAUCUCCACCUGUCAUAGCGGAGUCUGAUAUACUUCAGUCAAUAAAUUGAUUCCCCUCCUGCACUUGUAUACUGGGACAAGGACAGUAGUCCAAUUAAAUGGCCUAGUCAAGCUGUAACCAUAGCUCCACUUAACUGCGCAUGUAAACGUACUGACUGUUUACACAUUAUAACCAGAACAAUUCAUCGGUGGCUCUGAUUAAAACUGGCUGCACUCAGUGAUAUGGCCUGUCAGAGUUAGGUAAAUAUCCUUAAGCCAAACUAAACCUUGCUGCAAUGCUAUAAUGCCCUGCAGUUUGCCUCCGUGAUAGACACUCUGAUCAUUUAGCCUGUAUUAUUAGCUGACUAUCACUCACUAACACUGCAGCUCCCAAACUGACAGAAACAAAGUAUGAGAAUUUUUUCUUACUAACGUUAAAGGUUUUAUCUCUAAAUGUAAUAUCACAACAGAGAUAUCACUAUGUAAUGUUAGCUAAACAAAGUGCAAAUAACGGACAAGACUACAUUUUGGCCAGUAGCGUCAUCUUCUGACAAUAACUGAUUAUCAUUGACAGUUUGAAGGUGGGUUAGGUAUUGAAAAGAAAACACAAUGUACAUGUACUAUACUACCUGCUGUUAGAAGAAAAGGAGAAUGGCCCAAAUGUAUGUUCCCAUGUUACAGAGUGAUGUAAUGACCCUUCCUUCUUUUAUAGUUUCCUUACAAGACUCCAGGAAGUUGAAAACAGUUACUCUACCCAUCAAAUUGUGUUUUGCUAAGAAACAGUACAAGCACAGAACUAUACCUAAGAUCACAAACUGUCAGUUGAGAACAAAGCAAAUGAAAGCUGUAGAGGUUUUGGGAGGUGUAACGUGACAGUUUCCAGAGCCAGGCUAGCUUUUCUCCCCUGCUUUCAGUCUUCAUGCUAAGCUAGGCUAACCACAUCAAACAAACCACAUCAGACAAAGGGACCACAGAGUUUCCCUUUAGUUUCCCCCAUUUUAUAAAUGUUAUGUAAAACGAUUACUUACUUUUAGGCUGUGUGUGUGUGUGUGUGUGUGUGUGUGUGUGUGUGUGUGUGUGUGAUACAUGUGGCUGCAACUAAGCAUCAUGGACAAUGAAUGGUUGUCUUACAGAAUGUAUUGCUUUAUCAUGUGUUCAGAAUGUAUCUGUCUAAGAUAUUUUACAUAAUAUAAUAUAAUAUAUAACUGAUGAGUGACGCUGAUUCAUAACAUGGGAUAGAUUGGAUGUGGAUGAAAUGUGUUAUUGUUUUAUUUGCAAGAUAUUUCUUGAGCUGGUUGAACCUUUAACGUGUGGUGUCAUUGGUUACAGACAACAGCAGACACUGGGACUGUCUACAGACACAAUUUGUAACUGUCAUUUAUGUAACAUAAUGAAUGUAUCUAAAUGUCUGAUCUGGAGCAGAACACAGUUCAUGUUUGUGCUGUUACUGUACAACAAUUGCACAAUAAUAAUUUCCAAAACAGUC